AUGUCCACCUACAACAAGACCGCUAUUCUAUCUGUCUACGACAAGACUGGAUUGCUAGAUUUGGCCAAGGGUUUAGCCGAGAACAAAGUCCGCAUUCUCGCUUCCGGUGGUACCGCCCGCAUGGUGCGCGAGGCUGGCUUCCCUGUCGAAGAUGUCUCUUCCAUCACUCAUGCUCCAGAGAUGUUGGGUGGUAGAGUCAAGACUUUGCACCCUGCAGUCCACGGUGGUAUUUUGGCCAGAGACCUAGAGUCCGACGAAAAGGAUUUGGAAAAACAGCACAUCGAAAAGGUCGACUUUGUGGUUUGCAACCUCUACCCUUUCAAGGAAACUGUUGCCAAGGUCGGUGUCUCCAUCCCUGAGGCUGUGGAGGAAAUUGACAUUGGUGGUGUUACUCUAUUGAGAGCCGCUGCCAAAAAUCACGCCAGAGUGGCCAUCUUGUCUGACCCUAACGAUUACGCUCAAUUCUUGGGUGAAUUGUCAAAGGGUGAAAUUUCUCAAGAAUUGAGAAACAGAUUGGCUCUAAAAGCCUUCGAGCACACCGCUGACUACGAUGCUGCUAUUUCUGAUUUCUUCAGAAAACAGUACUCUGAAAACAAGGCCCAAUUAACUUUGCGUUACGGUGCUAAUCCUCACCAAAAACCUGCUCAAGCUUUUGUCACCCAACAAGAAGAACUUCCUUUCAAGGUCUUGAGUGGUUCUCCUGGUUACAUCAACUUGCUAGAUGCUUUGAACUCCUGGCCAUUGGUUAAAGAGCUAUCUGCCUCUUUGAAUUUGCCAGCUGCCGCCUCUUUCAAGCACGUUUCUCCAGCAGGUGCUGCCGUUGGUCUACCAUUGUCCGACAUUGAAAAGAAGAUUUACUUCGUCGCUGACAUUGAAAACUUGUCCCCACUAGCCUGUGCUUACGCUAGAGCUCGUGGUGCCGACAGAAUGUCUUCUUUCGGUGACUGGAUCGCUUUGUCCAACAUCGUAGAUGUCCCAACUGCAAAGAUCAUCUCUAGAGAAGUUUCUGAUGGUGUUAUUGCCCCAGGUUACGAGCCAGAGGCACUAGAAAUCUUGUCCAAGAAGAAGGGUGGCAAGUAUUGCAUUUUGCAAAUCGAUCCAAACUACUCUCCAGAAGCUUUGGAGUCUAGACAAGUUUACGGUGUCACCCUGCAACAAAAGAGAAACGAUGCUAUCAUCAACAAGUCUUCUUUCAAGGAAAUUGUCUCUGCCAAUAAGAAUUUGAGUGAACAAGCUGUCGUUGACUUGACUGUUGCUACUAUUGCCUUAAAAUACACUCAGUCCAACUCCGUUUGUUACGCUAAGAACGGUAUGGUCAUUGGUCUAGGUGCUGGUCAACAAUCUAGAAUUCACUGUACUAGAUUGGCCGGUGACAAGGCCGACAACUGGUGGUUUAGACAACACCCUAGAGUCUUGGCUUUCAAGUGGGCCAAGGGUGUUAAGAGACCUGAAAAGUCUAACGCUAUUGACCUGUACGUGACUGGCCAGAUCCCAACUGAAGAGCCAGAAAAAUCUGAAUACGAAUCCAAGUUUGAGGAAAUUCCUGUUCCUUUGACCAAAGAAGAGAGAAAGGAAUGGAUGGACAAGUUGACCAACGUUGCUCUAUCUUCAGAUGCUUUCUUCCCAUUCCCAGACAACGUUUACAGAGCCGUUAGAUCCGGUGUCAAGUAUAUCGCUGCUCCUUCUGGUUCCGUGAUGGAUAAGGCAGUCUUCAGUGCAGCUGAUUCUUUCGACUUGGUCUACGUCGAGAACCCAAUCCGUUUGUUCCACCAUUGA